GGAAACUACUUUGCUUCGCACUUUUUCAUGGGAGGAGAGAAAUUUGACACCCCCCACCCUGAAGGUUACCUCUUUGGAGAGAACAUGGACCUGAAUUUCCUGGGCAGCCGCCCAGUCCAGUUUCCCUACGUCACUCCUGCCCCUCACGAGCCCGUGAAGACGCUGCGGAGCCUGGUGAACAUCCGCAAAGACUCCCUCCGGCUGGUGAGGUACAAAGACGACGCUGACAGCCCCACCGAGGAUGGCGACAAGCCCCGGGUGCUUUACAGCCUGGAGUUCACUUUCGACGCUGAUGCCCGUGUGGCCAUCACCAUCUACUGCCAGGCGUCGGAGGAGUUCCUGAACGGCAGGGCAGUAUACAGCCCCAAAAGCCCCUCACUACAGUCCGAGACCGUCCACUACAAGAGAGGGGUGAGCCAGCAGUUCUCCCUGCCCUCCUUCAAGAUCGACUUCUUGGAAUGGAAGGAUGACGAGCUGAACUUUGACCUGGACCGAGGCGUGUUUCCAGUGGUCAUCCAGGCUGUGGUAGAUGAAGGAGAUGUGGUGGAAGUGACCGGCCAUGCCCACGUGCUCUUGGCCGCCUUUGAAAAGCACAUGGACGGCAGCUUCUCUGUGAAGCCUUUAAAGCAGAAGCAAAUCGUGGACCGGGUCAGCUACCUCCUGCAGGAGAUCUAUGGCAUCGAGAACAAGAACAACCAGGAGACCAAGGUGUGUACCUGGAUGUCCAUAGAACCGGCCGUGGUGCCUGACAAAUAUGUCGUGGUGGACCGCAGCCAGGGAACCCCUCCUUCUGCCGCAGCUUUCCGGGCCCUCCUGCAGAUCCGGGCGGUGCGGAAGAAGCCAGGAGCCCUGUCCCCCGUGUCCUUCAGCCCUGUCCUGGCCCAGAGCCUGGAGCACGAUGAGCACUCUUGUCCCUUUAAAAAAUCAAAGCCGCACCCCGCCUCCCUGACCAGCAAGAAACCUAAAAGGGAAACAAGCUCUGACAGCGUCCCACCUGGCUACGAGCCCAUCUCACUGCUUGAGGCGCUCAACGGCCUCCGGGCUGUCUCCCCGGCCAUCCCCUCGGCCCCUCUUUAUGAAGAAAUCACCUAUUCAGGCAUCUCGGACGGCCUGUCCCAAGCCAGCUGUCCGCUCGCCGCUAUUGACCACAUCCUGGACAGCAGCCGCCAGAAGGGCAGGCCGCAGAGCAAGGCCCCCGACAGCACCUUGCGGUCCCCGUCCUCCCCCAUCCAUGAAGAGGAUGAGGAGAAGCUCUCCGAGGACGUGGACGCCCCUCCCCCACUGGGUGGUGCAGAGCUGGCCCUGCGGGAAAGCAGCUCCCCUGAGAGUUUCAUAACAGAAGAGGUUGAUGAGUCGUCGUCACCAAAGCAAGGGACCCGAGCGCCUUCCAUUGAGAAUGUCCUGCAGGACAGCAGCCCUGAGCGCUGUGGCCGAGGCCCACCUGCUGACAUCUACCUGCCAGGAUGGCCCGCCUCCAUGGAGACGGCCCACGGCCUCGGCACCACCAGCCCCACCUGGCCCCCACCUGGUGGCCCCAGCCCCGAUCCCAGCACCGCCGAGCUGGCCCCACUCUGAGAGCCUGGCCGAGCUGGCAGCAUGGAGUCCUCAGCUCCCCAGACUUUGCCGAGGGGCUGCCCCGGACCCCGGUGUUAGCCGGCCUCUCCUGUCUGCAUGCCCCCUGUGGCCACCAGGCUCCGAGGGGCCAUGGUGACCCUUGAUCAAAGAGCACAGUGGACUGUUCCCUCCAAGUCUCCCUUUUCUACAGUUGAUAUAUUUGUAACUGGUACAAGAUGAAGGACAGCAGCUUUCCAUCCCUCGUUCAGAGCCCUGGUUGCCCAGGGUCCCGCGGGCUGAGCGGCUGGGGCUGGGGCUGCCCACGUGCGGCCUGUGCUGGCUCUGCCUGCCCCCGCAACACUGCGGUCACUGCCCCAAGAACUCAGCAGACCUGCAGAAGGGAUUUACCAGUGGUUGAAGCACUGUCUUCACAGAUGUUCAGGGGCAGUGGGGGCUCCAGGCACGGUCAAUGAAGGAAACAGUGCCUGUCCGCCCACCCUGCGUCUCACUGUGGCGACCUGGCUGUCGCUGCUUUUUGUCCUCUGCCGUGUUUGCGUGGCCUCAGUGCCCUCUCUGGUGCGUCUCCGCUGGGGCCCUCAGUGCUCGGGGCCUGGGGUGCACGGGUGCCGCCCUGGGCAGCUAAUAUGUCAGCCCAGUGCUGGGCCUGAUCGAGGGGCGGAGACACAGCGGCUUCCAGCAUCCAGUGACCUUGUCACCCAGCUCCAUACCUUCUCAUGGUGCUGGCUUUGGUGGCAUCACCAGGUCUUUCCAGGUGCGGGGGCUUCUGUUCGACAGGCUACUGCCAGGGAGGACCUGGCGGCCUCCUUGUUCCCCUUUGCCAUUGGAAUGUCCCCUUGCAGUUUUUUUUUUUUUUUUAGACGGAGUCUCACUGUGUCGCUAGGCUGGAGUGCAGUGGCGCUAUCUUAGGUCACCGCAACCUCUGCCUCCCGGGUUCUAGUGAUUGUCCUGCCUCAGGCUCCUGAGUAGCUGG